GUAGUUCGAAAUGGGUGAUGUCCUUAUUGGUGGGAAACCUACUGGCUUUUGUAAGGAUGGAUGUUCCGCAAUUGUAGAUUCAGGAACUUCAAUGAUAGCAGGUCCAAUGAAUGCCAUCACAGAGAUAAAUCUUGCCAUCGGGGCUAUGGGAAUUAUUAAUGACCAAUGUCAGAAAGCUAUUGGGAAUGUGGGAAACCUAGUCUUUGAUAUGUUUUCCGCAAUGUUUAAAGAACCUGGGAAGUUAUGCUCCCGUAUCACAAUCUGUGUUCCUGGUGAUAAAGCUACUGACGGUAGUGACAUUAGGAGUGUGGUGGAUAUGAGUGAUGGUUUAACUGGACCUCCACAAGUCCCAAUAUGUAAAGCAUGUGAGAUUGUAGUAGACUUCUGGCAUAAAGUGCUCACAAACAACCUGUCACGAGGUGCCGUCUUAAAAUUAGGCACCCAACUAUGUGCUGUGACGGGUUUAGCCGGAGAGUCAACUGUAGACUGUGCACGACUUCCAUUUAUGCCUACUAUUUCAUUUCCCAUUGGGGACAAAGAAUUUGAACUUUCUCCUAAUGAGUACAUAACUAAGAUUGGCGAGGGUGCUAGUGCUCAGUGCGUAAGUACCUUCGUUCCUCUGGAUAAUCCUCCUGAGGUUGGCCCACUUUGGAUACUGGGUGAUGCAUUUAUGCGUCGUUACCACACUAUAUUUGAUCAUGGUAAUCUCAGAAUUGGAUUUGCAGAAGCCGCAUAAAUAAGAGAUAUUAACCAAAGGUGCUAUUACAUUGGUUAACGUAUUUUCUUUGCUUGUAUCUAGUAAUAUAAAGUGUUACAUUUAAUACUAGUAAUAUGAUGCCUCAUGUGCUUGCAAAAUAUUUAUUAAUAUAUACUGUUCUUCAUAUUGUUGGAAAAUGUAAUGUU